CCUUCGAGGAGAUCGGGAAGGACUUUCCUAGUUCUGCAAAACCUCAUCUCGGAGGAGAUCCCCAGGGAAACCCAAGGCGAAAUGGUGCUUUUCCGGCGUAACAGCGCGUAGCGCAGAAUUAACCUAGCAAAUGCGAGCUAGAUAUCUCCACUCAUCCAGCAUUUGCUGAGGCCAGAUUUCACCAAUUCUCUAUCCUACGGCUCUUAGAGCUAUUCUGAGGAGGCAUUCCCCAUUCGAGAGUGGGCGAAGGGAUGGCGCAAACUCAAACGACUACAGAGACCAGGCAGGCAACAUGAAUGAGUGAACUUGGGUUACGCUGACUGACACCCAUAUCCCUCCCCCGGCCAAAUGUUGCCACGCGGACGCCAUGUUAACAGAUCCUUGGAUUUUUCAAGGGAGGUCCCAAACCAGAAUUGUUAUGUGAAGUCUCCUGAUUUUUCAGUUCACUUUUAAAAAUUAAACGCCAAAUGGGCACUUUUGCAUGUUACCGCCAACUUUGUUACCUCUAAGCCACAUCCUACAGAUAUGGAAACUGAGUCCCAGAGAGGCGAAGCUUUGAACUAGAUAGAACCUAGCCCGUUAUGAUUUCAGAGCCUUUGUUUUUUCUCUCCCCAGCAGACCUAGCUGGCUGCAGACGGAGAACCAGCUUUUGUUCCCUUCCCUCUGCUGGUGAGGGCUGAGCCUUGCUCACCUGCGAACUGGAGCUGGCUUUCCCAGGAGGGCUGGAGAAGCAGCAGCAACAUAGGCAGUGGCGAGCAUAGAAGGCCCCUCAUGGUGCUUGGGGGACAGAGAACGGAAGUGCCAGAGCCUGGAGGGUGCAAGGAAAAUAGCAACGCGGUAAUAUUUACAGAGCUCGUACUCUGGGUGAUGGGCACUUGGAGCGGGGGGAAGGAUCAUGGAUUUACUUUACUAAUGUCUCUACCUUUGUGUAUGUUUGAAAAUUUUCAUAAUAAAAAAAUUGCAGUACAGUGCUGGGAAACACAGGGAAUCCUACUUUGCAGAAUUGCAGAGUAUUUAGAUAAACAGAAAGCAGAUUUAAAAACCUAUCAUUUAAAAAUAAAAUGCCCCUCGAAAAGAAAACAUCCACAAAAAUAAAUGAAAAAGAAAAAGGCCUUUCUAAACGCCAAGCACAGUGUUAAAUGUUCUUCAUGCAUUGGGACAUUUAAUCUCGGCAAUUCUAUGAGACUAAAACUGUUACUCUUCCCAUCGUACGGAUGAGGAAACCGUCUCAGAAAAGAGAAGCGCUGGUGCCCAAAGUCACUCGGCAAGAAAGUGGCUCGCCAGGAUACAGUCCUACGCCUAAGUGGUUCCAAAGACCAGCGACGCGUUCCGCGGCCUCUCCCGCCGGGAGAACCUCUGCAAGAACAAAGCCGUCAUUCCCCACCCUGGCCCCCUCCCUCCCCACACAAGGCGCUUCUGUGUGGCUGUCCUUCCAACACACACGUACGCACGCGUGCACACACCCAGACAUGCAGGGCCCAGCCUCUGGCCCCUGGGGAGAGCCGCACCCUUUCACCCGGUGGGGGGUAGGGACCCGCAGCGCGACCGCCAAAACGCGCUACGCAGGCUUGGAGCCUCCACUUCCCGCCUGCUCUCAGGAGACACCGCCAGGGGGCGUCUUCCCGAAUCUGGCUGCGUUGGUUAGGUGGCCGUGGGAAGACCACAUCUGCCUAGCAGGUGCCCCUGCCCAGAGCAAACAGUGGCCGAGAGCCCCGAGGCCUUGGAGAUAAGCCCGGGUCAGGAUAUAUCCGACACCAGGGCCAAGAAGCAGGGGAGCGCAGGGUUCCUGGGACAGCGGCAUUGGAUGCACCCGGAAGGCGGUGAGUGAGGCCCCAGCGCGCCCAUGGACCCUGUACCGGCAGCAGGUGAGCGCUCACUCUUCCACCGCCCUUGACGACGCCCCUUGAUAAUCCCGAAGGGUUCCCGUUGUACAGAUGGGGAAAUUGAGGCCCAGGAAGGCUGCCCGCUGAGCUGCAAAGGAACCUGGGACUCCUGGUUCCCGUUCUCCCUUCUGGGCUGCCUGGCUGCCUAGCAACCUGGCGCCGAGGAGUCACUAAACCUCUUUUCCUUCCAUUCACUCCCCCUACUCUAUACCCUGCCCCCGACGCCCCAUGCUGAAGCUGCGUUAGUCAUUUUUCUGUUGCUUGUUUCCUGGCAGAGGGGGCCAGCUGCCCCAACCCAACCGCAGCCCCUCUGGCCCCCUCCCCCAAUUCCGUGAAUGGGCCUAUUCUGAGUAAGGUCGGGUGCGUGCAGCUCACUCCAGGCGGCCUUCCCGGCCCGGAUCCUCUCUGCCUUCGCUUUCCAGGCCUGCUAGAAGAACAAAAAUCCCUCUGGCAGGGCCCGUCGUGGGAGGUUGACUAAGCCAGAUGUGCCAGUUGCUAAGCCAGAUGUGCCAGUUGCCGCUGCAAACGGGAGGGUGCAGAAUGCCUUCUCUAGCUUGGGCCAUAGCCAGGGCCACCUCUGCGGAGCAUGGGGGGAGGGACGGAAGAAACAAGGGGCCCUUGCCACCUCCCGUUCUUUCCCACCUGCAGAAGCCUCUGGGCCCCCUAAGAUCCCCCUUAUCCUGCUCUUGGCCUGAGCCAACAUCUCCCCUGGCACCCCCUUCCCCCUGCCCAGUAAUCCUAGAAAGUCAAAACAUCGACUGCCUCGAAGUGCAUCACCUUCCCAACCCUCUUAUUCUACAGAGGGAGAAACUAGGUCCAGAGACUAGUGUCUUGCCCUAAGUCACACAGCAACGUGGUGACAGGUCUGAUACUAGAACCCCGAGCUCCUCUGAGGGGUUAAUCCUCCCGUUAAAAGAUUCGGAAAUGCCUUAGGGUGGGGAGACUGGGCUCAAAAGGAAGGAGAGGUCUGCAAAUAACUCCUCAAGAAUUGGCUGAUGAAUAAACACCUGGGGACAUUCCUGGCGGUUCCUCGAGGGAGGAGAUUAGGAGGCAAGCAACCCCCCCCCCCUUUGGUGGCCUUGUUGGUGGAGGCUCAACUUGGAAAGGACCCCACAGAAGUGGAGAAGGGCACUGCAGACCCCUCCGCGCCCCCAGGCCCUUUGACUCACCUGAGCCCGCCGGACAGCUCGGAGGCGCGGCCGCGGAGCGGAGCCGACGGGCGGAGCCUCCCGGGCAGCUGGACCAGCUGCCAGCCUGCACCCACCCCUGGGUCACCCCCAGAGCAUGUCGCGGUCCUGAGGGAAGGUGUGCGCCAGUGCCUACAGCAACAGUGUGAGCAGACGGUGUGGAUCCUGCAUGCCAAGGUGGCUCAAAAAUCAUAUGGAAAUGAGAAGCGGUUCUUCUGCCCCCCGCCCUGUGUCUACCUCGCAGGUCCCGGCUGGAGGGUGAAGCCAGUGCAAGGCCAAGCCCACCAGCCAGGGGAAACCGGACCCACGGUCUGCGGUUACAUGGGACUGGAUGGCGCGUCCGGCAGCGCCGCCGAGACGCAGAAGUUGAACUUCGAAGAGCAGCCAGACUCCAGGGAAUUCGGUUGCGCCAAGACCCUGUACAUCUCGGACGCAGACAAGAGGAAGCACUUCCGGCUGGUGUUGCGGCUGGUGCACCGGGGGGGCCGGGAGCUAGGCACCUUCCACAGCCGCCUCAUCAAGGUCAUCUCGAAGCCCUCGCAGAAGAAGCAGUCGCUGAAGAACACCGACCUGUGCAUAUCCUCGGGCUCAAAGGUCUCCCUCUUCAACCGCCUGCGCUCCCAGACGGUCUCCACACGCUACCUGUCCGUGGAGGACGGCGCCUUCGUGGCCAGCGCGCGCCAGUGGGCUGCCUUCACGCUCCACCUGGCUGAUGAACACUGUUCCCAGGGGGACUUCCCGCCUCGAGAGGGCUACGUCCGCUAUGGCUCCCUAGUGCAACUCGUCUGCACUGUCACGGGCAUCACACUACCUCCAAUGAUCAUCCGCAAAGUGGCCAAACAGUACGCACUCCUCGACGUGGACGAGCCCAUCUCCCAGCUGCACAAGUGUGCGUUCCAGUUCCCCGGUGAGCCUGCCGGAGAGGGUGGCACUUACUUAUGCCUCGCCGCAGACAAGGUGGUGCAAUUCCAGGCCUCCCCCUGCCCCAAAGAGGCGAACAGGGCGCUGCUCAAUGACAGCUCUUGUUGGACCAUCAUCGGUACCGAGUCGGUGGAGUUCUCCUUCAGCACCAGCCUGGCGUGGACCCGGGAACCCGUCACCCCAGUGCCCCUCAUCAACACCCUGGAGCUGAGUGGUGGGGGAGACGUGGCCACGCUCGAGCUCCACGGCGAGAACUUCCACGCGGGGCUCAAGGUGUGGUUCGGGGACGUGGAGGCCGAAACCAUGUACAGGAGCCCGCGGUCCCUGGUGUGUGUGGUGCCCGACAUCGCCGCCUUCGGCAGCGAUUGGCGCUGGCUGCGCACACCCAUCACAGUGCCCGUGAGCCUGGUGCGCGCCGACGGCCUCUUCUACCCCAGCGCCUUCUCCUUCACCUACACCCCCGAGUACAGCGCGCGGCCCGGCCCCCCGGGCGCCCCCGAGCCCGCCGCCGACGCCGACGCGCUGCUCGAGAGCAUCCACCACGAGUUCACGCGCAGCAACUUCCACCUCUUCAUCCAGACUUAGAAGAAUCACCUUAAGAUCCAGGAAUGCAGCUCAAACAGUGGCUUUCCAGACAACAACCCAUCUUGGAAACAAAGUUGUGUGUUUAAGCCAGGCACAUUUGGCAAGUUCAAGUCACUUAACCUCUCUGUGCUUCAGUUCCUCCUUCUGUAAAAGGGGAAGUAUUUGUUUCACGGGAUGUCGUGAGGAAUAAAAUAACCAAUAUAUGUAAA